UCACACCGUAAGCUAGUGGUGGUGGCGUUCUGAGGCACCUACUCUGUUAUGCCUGGUGCAGGUACUUGUUUUCAGUGUAUAACAGUAGGUGCCAAGUGUCCAAGUGUGUGCUCGUGAUAUCCUCGAGUGAAUGAUACCCCUAGAUGUGCUGGUGUCCCCUCACAGGGCCAUUCUCCCCCGAAUAAACAUUAUUUUCGUGCAGCGACGUCCGAUUACCCCAACCCACCCACGAUUACCUGUUCGGCAGUAUUUUAAUAUCGUUGAAUCACUCGUCACGACCCAUUGGAGAGGGAGUCUGGUCCACCAGCGUCUUCAUUAUUAAUCCCACGAUUAUGCAGAGGAUCUGAACAGCAUCUCACCCCCUAAAUUGGUGUGCGUUUAACUGCCAUGACACAACCUCUCGUGUUAUAAAUACACGAACACGCGUACUCUCGUGCUAAUCCGUGAAUUCAUACUCCCAUUUUUUUUUCUAAUUUUUUUUCCGAGUUCUGCGGUGAUCGGGGGUCGUGGGGCGAAGGGGAUCGAGUGAUGUGAUUUUCCUGCGGGUGAAGGGGACCUGGUGACAUGAUUUUUACGUAGAAAUUGGGAAAAAGGUGAAGUGGCUGAGGGAGUGGUUGGAGAACAUGGGAAUAUGGGUUUGUGCGUGAAAUACGAGAUGAAAUGGUGUCUGUGGGCUUGCUGGUGGUGUCAGGCUCUCUCCGGGGCCAGUGGCUUUCCGGUAACCUCAGGUGACCCCUCAGGGUUCAGGGCCGAUAGCUGGGAGCAGCGCUAUGCUGUGGGCUCUCUGGGGGCUGGGGUCCUCAUGGUCAUCUGCGUGCUCAGCUGCCUCUGCUGCAGGCGACAGCGGAGGGCCUCCAAGGGGUUUCAGAACUCUGGAGCUGAUCAGUCACAGGAAUUCAAGGACGUCUCGGGAGUAGUGAACGAGACGAUUCUCUCCCGAGGGCUCUCGACCCUGGAGCUGGAGGUGCCCCGUUCAAUCUCCAACAACCGAGUGGAGUUCGAGCCGUUGCCAGUGGACCGUCUGGUCCCCGAUGCGCGUCACCCGGGGAAGCCGAAACCGCCCUCGCCCUCGCUCUUCGACCGCGAGUUCUCGGACAACGAGGACGGCCAGAUCCCGAACCGCGAGUGGUUCUCCCCGGAGCUGCACAUCCCCCGGGAGCGCCUCAAGUACCUCCGGGAGAUCGGCAGGGGCUGGUUCGGGAAGGUGGUGGAGGGGACCCAGGACCUCAGCGACACCAGGACCCGAGGAAUCGUCGUGAGGAUCCUCACGGAGGAGGCGACCGCCAGCGAGAAGGCCUGGUUCCUGGGGGAGGCCCUCCCGUACCUGAAACUCCGCCACAGAAACCUGCUGGAACUCUUCGGAACUUGCCUCGAGACGGACCCCUACCUCCUCCUCUUCGAGUCCUGUCCCACAGGUGACCUAAAGUCCUUCCUACGAUCGAACAGAAAGUCUGAGGCCCUCAGCACCGAGAAGAUCCCGCUGAGGAUGUCCUUAGACAUCUCCUCGGCGCUCGGGCACAUGCACCAGAAUGGCUUCGCCCACACAGACUUGUCCGCCAGGAACUGCCUGGUGUCGCCAAACCUCUCCAUCAAACUCGGUGACUACGGGAUUGGGGUCGAGAAGUACCCCGAGGACUACUACGUCGUGGGCGACCGGGCCCUCCCCAUCAGGUGGUCAGCCCCGGAGAGCCUGGUGUGCACAGACACAACCAUCGAGACUCGAGCGAUUACCCCGAAGGCCAACCUCUGGAGCUUCGCAAUUCUCCUCUACGAGAUCGCGAGCUGGGGGGAGCGACCCUACGACUCCCUGGGGGACGAGCAAGUCAUCGAGAUGAUCCUCUCGUUGAACUUCGAGUCCCACCUGAAGCUGGAGGAUCUGCAGAGUUCGAAGGGGCUCGUGGAGGCUCUGAAAUCCUGCUGGAAGAUCAACCCCAACGACAGAGUCGACUUGGAGAAGGUGAUCGAGGCCCUCCGAGGGAAGGACGCGGUGAACUUCGAGGAGCGCUGGGAGACCCUGCGACCGAACAUGAAGGAAACAAGAAGUUGCAGCCUGAAGGAGUUGCGAGCAAGCAUGGACUCAGACCUGUGGCAAGGCGUCCCCGAGGAGAAGCCCUCGACGACUCCCCAGGCUCGUUUCAGGCUGGGGCCCGACGAGUCCACGAAAAACCCCGACCUGAGGUCCCAAAUAAGCCAGGAGUCCGGGUCUGAAACCGAGGAGGAGAGUUGGCGAGGGCGAGUGGAGCGAGGGGCGUACACAGAGAAAGUCAAGCAGAAGUCCAAAUCAAUAGCCGAUCUCAUGGUUCUGGUGCACAUCGACGACGACUCCGAGGCCGAGUGGUCCCUGGGGCCCCAGGUGGCUGAAAAGCCGAGGAAGAAGAUCAACUCCUCAGGGAGCGUUGGGGACCUGCCCUCGGUGAUUGCUGACGAGUUCGACGAAGCCCUGCGAAAACUGCGAGACAUAGGCGCCAGUAAUGCUGAGAGGGAGCGGGGGAACGAGGAAGUGAUCGAAGUGACGAUCGAACCGAUUCCCAGGGAGCACAUGAGGGACUUCAGCUCGACCCCAAAGGCAUCCAGAGCCCCUGAGCCCGUCACCGAGUCCACAAACACCUUCGUGGACGUGGAACUCUGGAAAAAUGCUUUGGAAUUCGAGUUGGAGCGCAAGAACACGGGAUUCGAGUCCAUCAACUUCGAGGAGAUCAUCGAAUCCGAGAAGAUUGAGGCAGUUCCUGACCUGCUGGAGACGUCUCCGUCGGCCCCAGACACCCCCCAGUCCCGGGGGGAGAUCUCAGUGGACAACGAGGACUUCUCGAACGGCGAGGACUCCACCCCUGAGGGCAGGAGAAAACCUGGGGAUCCUCACGACGAGGAGGACGAGAGGAAGCACCUGAGCACCCCUGAUGACGAGAGAAGCUCGGACAGCGGCUUCAGGGACAAGGAGUCAUGCGAAGAGGAGGAGAACAACGUCUGCAUAUUCAACUCUGGGAUUCCACACUCGACAACUGAAGAGGAACAGCUCAAGAUCCUUUACGAGCUUGAUACCAUCCUGGAUGCCGAGUAUUGCGGGGGUUAUGAGGAGGAACGACCCUCCAACACCCUCAGGAUCAGCCACGAGGACGAGAGCACGGAGAGCAUAAGUCAAACCACUGAGAGGGUCAAUGGGGCUUUGGUGGAGAGUGUAGAUAGUGUAAUUACUGUAGAUAAAGAGGUAGAUAAUUGUACAAAUGUUCGGCAGGAGGAGCCCAGUGGGUCCAAUCCUUCGGGGUCAAGGGGCAGUGAGCAGGACGAGCAUGAAGGUGAGGAUGAUGACAGUUCGACGAUGUCACUACGCAGUGACAACUCCUAUGUUUCCUUCAACCUGGACGAGGAGUUCGUGGCUGCGAUCAGGAAUGAGCUCAGGGAGAAGCUCCCGCGGGCUCAGUUGGCAGUGGUGGAGUCCCAGGAGCUGAGGGACGACGAGGAGCCAUCGGUGAACAGUGUUCAAGACACUGACACCCCCUCCUGGGGGUCCAAUGAGGAGCAGGAGAGCUCUGGCCCUGGGAACAUUGACAUUGCCAUUAGGUACAAUAUCUAUGGGACUCCGUUGAGCCCCAUCCUGGAGGAGAGGGAGAGUGCGGUGACUUCAGAGUCCUUUGCGUCGAGGGAGGACUCCAGGGAGGCCUCUGAGGCCUCCAGGCUCUCGCUCUCUGAGGACGUUAUCGUCGUGGAUACCAGGACGAAUAAAGUUGUCCUGGUGGAGGGAAACGAGAGGAAGAACCCUGAGGAGGAUCGAGACACUUGUGGGGACAUCUCCGACGACGAGAGCAUGGAUUACGUGGCUAAUGUGGGCCAGAAGUCCCAGUCCCAGACGAGGAGCAGAACCUCCAGUGGUGCUCCCCUGCCCAGUCCCGAGGAGGAGUCCAAGUGGCAGGCGCAGUUUCCCAUUCCUCUGCAGCUCCAGGACGACCUCAUGUCGACGAGUUUCAGCACUGAGCAUGAGUGGGACAGCCAGGAUGAGGACGAGGAGGGCGGGGGGGAGGAGAGGGCUGAGGUCGAGGACGAGGAGAACAGUUCGAGUUCGGGGGAGUUCGUGUGGAAGAGGUACAGCGAGGAGAGCUGCAGGGAGGAUGUCACUCCCACGAGCCACGACGUGGGAAAAAUCGAGGAGGAGGACGAGGAAGAGGAGGAGGAGUUCACGCCUUCUGCCUGGGACGCGACCCUGGCCCCUCACAGAUCGGCACUGAGGUCUCCGGAGAAGAAUGUGAAGAGUGGGGUAAGUUUCUGGGUGUUUUGGUGGCUCUUUGGACUUUGUUGUGAGGAGGUAUUACGUAAGUCUCAGGAGUUUUGUGUUUUUUCUUGCUCCCAGGAUGAACUGGACCAGAAGAAGAACGUGUGGUUCAAGAAGCAGCGUUACCACUGCGUCUACGAGUACCCAAAGGAGACGCACACCUCGGACUUCCCGAGCCCAGCAGCGACCACCUGGGAGCCCACGACGUACGCCGACUGGGAGGAGAUGAUGGACGAGCCCCGCCUCGACGUCUACCCCAUGGACUACGACGAGUCUAACCACCUGGGUGACGACGAGUUCUUCGUCAGCAGUGGUAAUAGACCCUUCCAAUUUCAAGCUGGGGACGGAAAGUACGUGAGUCAAUUUUUCCCAGGGGCGAACGUUGGCCUGACACCUGACGACGACGCCACUGGACCCAGUGACAAUCACCAGGUGCAGUUGGGAGAGCUGCGACACACCCGUGACAAAUUGAAGCUCAAUCUGCCGAUGAAUCAGGAGAACAAUUCACUGGCCCAUUUGCUGCACGACGAAAGAGAGAUGGAGGAGCGAUCGAACGACGAGAGUGAAGAGAGGAUGGAGAGAAAGGAGAACAGCUCGGAGUCGUCCCUCUCCAAGGACGAUCAGUCCAUCAGAUCAGUCCUGCGAUCCCCAGAAUUGUCGGAGAGAAGAAUAGUUGAGGACGAGAGUGCAGACGAAGUGAGUGAACUCGAAGCCUCUAAGACUGAAAACCCGAGCCAUACCAAAUCGUCCGGGAGACCACUAGUAAUAUCGACUAAAGAGGAAACUGAUGCUAAAGUUGAUGGUGAUGUUGAGGAGAAUGAAGAGAAUGAUCAGAGGAGUCAGACUCCACGUCGGGGUGAGGGGGGAAAGCCCUCCAACAUCGAUGGCAUCGAGACGUGCGGUGUGAUCAAGGAACCUGGGGAGAACGAUAAUCCGGCCUGAAACGUCCAUGUUUAAUUUACAUUGUAAAUUUCAACCGUCCGGGGUGAUCUUGGAGGGGAACUAGAUUUAUUUCGAGGAGGGGAAUGGCAUAUGUCAAAAAUGAUAACACGUGUGAACAAGUGGAUAGAGUAAUUCUAUUGGAAUUCCGUUCGUUUUUGAUAACUUUUUAAUAGGACAAAGUCUAGACUCGACUUAUUCACUAUAAGUUUUAUUUCUCAUGACAAAAUUCAACGGAAAACUUGAGCAAUUGCAUAAUUUUCGAUAAAAGUAGGGAAAAACUCUAAUAGACUUUCAAUUCUUGUCGAAAAAUGAGAACAGCGCGUAUUUAAAAAGUCGAUAGAACAGUUCGAUUGGAAUUCUUCUCGUUUUUGAUAAAUUUUUCUAGACAUAAAAACAUCUAUUGUUUUUUUCUGUUAAAAAUAUUUUAGCAAUUAUUUAAAAUUGCCUAAUUUUCAAUCAAAGGGUAAAAAAUAUUACCCCAAUAGACUUCCAAUAGAAUUCCCCAAGAAUUCCAAAAGAAAUUUUCUAUUGAUUUUUUACAUGCAUAAAGACAGAAAACUUUCUAGAGAGCUCAAUUGGCCAAAGUCCGUCCGAAAGAACUCCUUCGCAAAGAGAAUAAAAAUUAAACUUCAUUUCUUUCUCUUGUAAAUAUCCACCGAGUACACGUUCAUUAAUCAAGUACUCUCUUAAUUUUAUUUAAAUCUUCAGAUUGUGAUAAUCUGGAGGUCUUUACCGAAUGUAAAUAUGUAUUAAUUUACUCGUAGAUGCACCAACUGUCGUGCCUAAACAUUGAAUUAUCCUCAGUUUCAUUUCAAUUCGUAGUAAAUCAAUCGUUAUUUUAUCGUUGAGCAUAUUAACAUAGGUAUUAAUAAUUUUGUUUUAACAUUUAGUGACAUAAUCUGAAAGGGGUAAUUUUCAAAGGUACUUUUUAAUUGUUAUUUGCUAGCGCCAAAACAGCUCUCUAUUCGUCGAAACGUGUAUUUAUUAAUUUCUCGAGUGAAGUGAGAAAAUUAACGAGAAAAAAUGAUGGGGGAAUAUCAUUUGAGCAAGUUAGCCUGUGAUAAUGGAAACUACGAGAUAAUUUUUCUUUUCUAUUUGGAAAUGGAUCUGUGAUUGAUGAUAAAAUGGAUGGAAUACGAUCACUGAUUACUUUUUUAUGUAUUUACCUGAAAUUUUCAAUUAGAUUAAAACGAGAAUAUGGUAUUGACAAUUUCAACGCACACUUUUACGUAAAUUUUGUUUUUAGGAAUAGGGUACACCGAUUAUAUUGCACGAGUGAAAGAGUAUUUUUUAUCUCAUUCUGUCGAUGUAACGAAUGAAUACCAAAAAAAGGGGAAUUAAUUGGAAAGAAAAAUGAGUUUUCUUACGUAUUUUCUAAUUGAAGAGUAUUGCAAUAUUAAUUUUACCCCAUAAACUCGAUAUUUCGCUCAUUACAUUGUUGAUAAAGAAUGACUAAAGCAUUUUAUUUAUAAAAAUAGAAGACAACAUGCUCGAUAAGUUGAUUUUACAGUUUCAAUUAAUGAAAUCUCGAGGAAAAUCGAGUAAACAUAAGUUCUUUACAAUUCAAAAGUUAAAUCAAAGGUCCAGUAAACUGACUGAAUGCUCUCAAAGGCAAAAUAUAACGACAAUGAGAGGGAGGGGAAGUCACCAAAUGAUAGCAAUUGUUAUCGCUAUACAUUAGCAAAUGUAGAUGCUCGGCUUUUCCGGCUGUCGUCAUUCAAGAGAACACCCAGAUGCACCAUCGCUACAAUUUGUAGGAUAUUACAAUGAAUAGAGGACGAUUAAUAUAUUGCUA